AUGGCUGUCGGUCUUAUUACAACGCGAGAGGCGGUUCCUGACAUGGACGUGAGGAAGGAUAGCCAAAGUCAGAAAUCGGGCAUGGCGCGCGCCCGAUUCCGACGCAAUUCCACUCGAGGUAUGGCAAUACAUCUGUUCAGUAAAAGCCUUCAACAGUUAGUCGCAAUCCAAGCGUGGAUUGUUGGCUCAGAGUCGCGUGUCAGCGGACACAGCGACUGUGAAGAGGCGGUUCCUGACAUGGACGUGAGGAAGGAUAGCCAAAGUCAGAAAUCGGGCAUGGCGCGUGCCCGAUUCCAACGCAAUUCCACUCGAGGUAUGGCUAUAUUCCUAUAUAAAGUUAAAGUUAAAAAUAAAAAGAAAAGGUGGACGAUGUGA